GCGGGAGGAAGCAGUGAGAUUUCUUUUUGAAGGUGCGCAUUACAGUAUGUCGGUAUGAAUCUGCUACACGGCGGCGAUAAGCAGAUGCCGGUUACAGGGAGGACAGACAGACAGACAGACAGACAGACAGACGGACGGACAGACGGACGGACAGAUGGACGGUAUUAACCGGAAAGCCCGCGUCGCAGUGAGAAAAAUAACCUGAUCAGACCUGCACGCAGAGCUCGGACACCUUCCAGAAGAUAUGACGCUGACUAAAAAAGAAGAAAAAUGUCGAUGCCAAAUUACGCCUCUGUUUUUUUAACACCGGAAAUCCAUUUUUAUUGGGACAGAUUUCUGCUCGCCGAUGAUUAUUAACCGGGAAAGAAAGCCGCGCGCGCUCAUUAGGAUUACCAGCCGAGCAUGUGCAUCAGUGUGUGAGUAAGCGCGAGCUUCGUGCUAAACCUGACACUGAAUCCGCCUUCAGCAAACUCUCUUUCACGGCUGCACUGGGCUAAUGAUGACCAUAAUAAUGACUGGCAUGUGUUACAUUAGUGUGUUUAGUAUAUCCGUUAAGACAUAAUGAGUAGGACGUUAAAAUAACAACAACAACAACAACAAUAAUAAUAUGAUUAUUAUGCAAUAAUGUAAAUAUAUGCGUACUGCAAAACAUCAUUUUAGACUUAAUGCAAAACAUCAACAUGAUGACACCGUAGGAUACUUUAGGAAUACACACACACUCACUCACACACACACACACACACACACACACACACACAGUAUUUACAUAUCACACGCGGGUUUUUAGACUUUUAUGUGCGCACAAGGUCGAGGAUGCCGGAUUGCGUCAGUGUCGGUGGACGUUGCUGCAGGUGCGGUGUGAUGGCGCAAGUGCACGGACCUGACCUGCGCUUAUAACUGUUAUAACGGGACAUCGGAGAUGGAGGUGGCGCGCGCGUGCCACUCCACCGAGCCGCCUGUGCUAAAGCCGGACUCGAAAGCGAUCGACCGGAAGGACAGCCGCGGUGACACGGACCCUGCCGCAGCGCGAUUAGGCGCGAGCGAACCGAGCGCGAGCCUCCAACAACAGCCGACGGACUGCCGGAGUUCGGCCAGGCGCAAGUUCAUCCGCACCAACCUGUGGUUCUCGGAGUCGGAGGAUCACGGUUUGGAGACGCCGGAAUGCGGCGACAGCAUGAGCACCGGGAUCGGCCGUCCCGUCGGGAACCCUCGCAGAACUCGGUACCGAAAGAGCUCGAGCGCAGGGAGUCCGGUGCGUACCCAAACCUGCACCGACGUACCGGGACAGAAAAGCGAGGCCGAGCAAAAGCAGGAGCCCGCCGCCGCGAGCGCGCCCGGGAAGGACGAGCACGGGCACGUGGAGGAGGAAGAGGAUGAAGAAGAGGAAGCCGGGAUGACGGCCGUGAGCACUUCUCCCAGCGGCCGCUUCCUCAAGUUCGACGUGGAGCUCGGCAGAGGCUCGUUUAAGACCGUGUACAAGGGCCUGGACACCGAGACAUGGGUGGAGGUGGCGUGGUGUGAACUUCAGGACCGUAAGCUGUCUAAAGUGGACCGCCAGAGGUUUAAGGAGGAGGCGGAGAUGCUGAAGGGUCUCCAGCACCCCAACAUCGUCCGCUUCUAUGACUUUUGGGAGUCUCCUGUCAAGGGAAAGAAGUGCAUCGUCUUGGUUACCGAACUAAUGACGUCGGGCACGUUAAAAACGUACCUGAAGCGCUUCAAGGUGAUGAAGCCGAAGGUGCUGCGUAGUUGGUGCAGGCAGAUCCUCAAAGGUCUUCACUUUCUGCACACACGCACACCUCCCAUCAUCCACCGAGACCUAAAGUGCGACAACAUCUUCAUCACAGGCCCCACAGGCUCGGUUAAGAUCGGGGACCUGGGCCUGGCUACACUCAAGAGGGCCUCCUUUGCCACGAGCGUCAUCGGCACUCCCGAGUUCAUGGCUCCCGAGAUGUACGAAGAGCACUACGACGAGGCCGUAGAUGUCUACGCGUUUGGCAUGUGCAUGCUGGAGAUGGCCACGUCCGAGUACCCGUACUCCGAGUGCCAGAACGCUGCUCAGAUCUACCGCAAAGUCACCAGUGGUGUAAAGCCAGCCAGUUACAGUAAGGUCACCGUCCCCGAGAUUAAGGAGAUCAUAGGGGAGUGUAUCCGCUAUCACUGGGAGGAGAGAUACUCCAUUAAGGAUCUGCUGAAUCAUGCCUUCUUUGCAGAGGACACUGGCGUCAGGGUAGAACUCGCUGAGGAAGACGAUGGCAAGAAAACAUCGAUCGCCCUCAGGCUUUGGGUGGAGGACCAGAAGAAGCUGAAAGGGAAGUACAAGGACAGCGGUGCAAUCGAAUUCACCUUUGACCUCAACAAAGAGGUGCCAGAGGCAGUUGCUCAAGAAAUGGUUGACUCUGGCUUUUUCCUAGAGAGUGACAUGAAGAUUGUCGGCAAGUCAAUCCGGGACCGCGUGGCUCUCAUAAAAUGGCGUAGGGAGCGGACCAUCUCCAGGGGCAAGUGCGAGACUGAAAAGAAGGUCACUGAGGACCGUGCACAGAACGUGCCUCAGGAUCCCUGUCCUAAGUUGACACAGAGUGCCAUGCCCAUUGCUCAUACAGAGCCUGGGGAUCACGACAAUGAGUCAGUCAACCUCUCUAGUGGCCCCACCAGUUCAAACACAUCAGACAGCGUUGCCGGCCCUGCACCGGUCUCGGAUGGUGUGAAUAACCAGCACGGCAUUAUUUACCAGUCAUUGCCAGAGCCCAUCAGCACUUCCCAGACAGUCCUCAGUCCACCAGCACAGCUCCUUACUCAGUUACAUCACGUGACCCAAUCACAACUAACGACUCAGCUUCAUCAGGAGGUCCAAAACCAGUUCGGAGCUCAGCUGCACUCGGGAGCACAACGAGUCCAGUAUACGCAAGAGAUCAUGCAACAACUUGUGGAUCCACAAGACCACGCUGUCCAGCUGCAUCAAGUGGCCCAGCAACAGCCCGUUGCUCAGUUACAUCAAGAGGUCCAGCAGCAACCUGCUAUACAUCUCCACCAUGGAGCACAGCAACAGCAACCCGCUGCACAGUUACUCCAGGGGAUCCAGGCGCAAGGUAUGCAGCAUAAUCCCACUGUGCAGCAGCAUCAUGUGGCCCAUCAGCAACCUUCGGCACAGCACCAACAGGAGGCCCAGCAACAACCCGUAGCACAGUUAUAUCAUGGAACUUAUCAGCAAUCCACCACUUCAGUACAUCAAGGAGCCUUCCUGCAGGCCUCUGUACAGCGCAACCAGAGUCUGUACCAGCAGUCUCCUCCUCCCACUGGUAAAUUGGUUCAGACUAUAUCAGCUCCAGCGACCCCAGCAGCAACUGCACCACAAGGACAGGAGUUUCACCUCUAUCUCCAUCCUGCAGCUUUCCUGUCCCAGACGAUAGCAAAUCUGCAGCCAGUUCUGGAGGCAACUUCUGAUGGACAGACACAUCCUCAGCACCUGCAUCAACCGGCUUCUGCUGUGCUCAGCACUGCGCCACCUUCUCAACCACAGCAGACUGUUCAUGCUACACCCCUACUGCAGCCGCUUCAGAUUUCCACUCAAUUUUCUUCACCGUACUCCGUUAUGUCAGCAGUGGGCACUCCUGCCAGAAGUGAGGCCGUAACAUUUUCCGCCAUGCCAUACAGCACUCCCUACCCCAGUAGCGCUCCUCCAGUACCUCCAUCCUACUACUCUGCCAGUCCAGUCCAUGUUCCACUACCUCUCUCAGCCACACAGAACAUGCCCUCCAUACCUGGAGCUGGUACACCCCAAACCCCUGUAUCUGCUCCUCUAGGACCAAUCCUAGGCAUAGCCCUUUCUCCAUCCCUCAUACCACAACAACAGCAGGUAUACCCGUCUGCUCUUCAACCAGAGGGCUCCCUCCAUCAACUCCAACCCACCCAGCCAUCUCUGCCCCUUUCUCAUACGUUGCUGCAGCCACCGUCCUCCUUUCCUCCGCAAGAGCCGUGUAUUGGUGCACCACCUGAACAGGAUGAACCGGUAGACCAUGCACAUGCAGACCCAACUCAGAUCACGUCUCUUCCACACAGAGAGGAAUCUGAGCAAGAAUUCACUGCAGCCGCUUGGGGUGAAAGUUGCACUGACCCGAGCAGUGCUCAGCAGAUCCAGGAGCCAGCAUCUGUAUUCGCUCCUCCGGUGUCCGACCCGAGCCAUGAGGAGCCAGUACACAUGCCACUCCCCAUCUAUACCUGUGACAGUGUUCUCAGUUUGAAUUCGGAUGCAGCUUUGGGUAAAGAGAUGAGUGAUAGCUACGAUGGCACCAUUAGUGGAGGGAAAGGUGACGGGAAACCCCGAAAACAUCAUCGCAAGUCUGCCCGCACCCGCUCGCGGCAGGAGAAGACCAGCAAACCCAAGCUCAGCAUACUCAAUGUUUGUGAUACUGGUGACAAAAUGGUGGAAUGCCAGCUGGAGACCCAUAACCACAAAAUGGUGACAUUCAAAUUUGAUCUGGACGGAGACGCACCCGAGGAAAUAGCCACAUACAUGGUGGAGAACGGCUUCAUUCUGCCCAUAGAGAAGGAGAUCUUCAUCGACCAGCUGAAAGACAUCGUGGACAAGGCUGAGGACAUGCUGAGUGAGGAGGUAGAGGGGGAGAGACCGGGCGCCCUGAGGGAUACUCCGCUUCAAGGCAGCUCUCCUGUUGGAACGGGGGAUGAUGUGAGGACAAACGGGAGUCUGAGAGGACAGAAGGAUGGCACGCCGCAGCCUGUCUAUCAGCAGAAUGUGCUUCAUACCGGUAAGAGAUGGUUCAUUAUUUGCCCUGUGGAUGAGCCGAGUGUCAGCCAGGACGUGUCGUCGGAGGGAGCUACAGCUACACCCCAUACAAGUGGACUGAGCGAUGGCACAGCGCCGAGUCAGACUGCGGACAGCAGCACCGCACAGCCACUGGAGCACUGCACUGCUCCUGCUUCUACAGAUUCAGCAGGUUAUGCCACAGCUCCUCCAUCUGGUGGCAGUGAUGCUCAUGGAUUCAGCCCACUGUCUCUGACCACCGUAGACCCCUUAUCCUUGGUUCCACUCUCUGCCACCCUGCCAUCGCAGUCUGUCAGUGACCCGAUUACACCAAACCACGCUGCCCAGCAGGCGGUGGACAUGGCCAGCGCUGCGUCCAGAGCCGAGGACGUGCCGUGCUGCCAGCUAGUCAUGCCAUUAGCGCUGGACGCUGGCGUGGUUGCUCAGCGCUCCUCACCAGUGUCCCCUCCCCUCAUGCAGGACGCUCACGGCAUUGUACUGCAGCAGCCGUUUGCAUCCGUGGUCGGUGCCAAGCCCCCUUCGCUGCCCCAGAGCCCUGCCACCUCGCAGCACCAUCACGCCCCCAACGAGUCAGACGGGGAAGGUCGGGCCCGGGUGGGGUUUGUAGACAGCACCAUCAAGACGCUGGAUGAGAAGCUGAGAAAUCUACUGUAUCAGGAAUAUGUGCCCAUGUACCCAUCAGGCUGUGCAGCGGAGACUCCAGGCUCAGGAACGGAGUAUGUUCAGUCUCCACCUGGACCGGAGAGCGCAACAGGGGGGUCGGGCAACAGCACGCCCAAAAUCAUCGCAGACGGGCGCAUCAGAGCCGGGGAGCAACUGCCACAGAUCCCAGAGCGAGUAGACAGUCUGAGCACGCUCAGUGACUCCGCCGUUGCCGUCCCAGUGUCAAAGAAACCGGUACUUCCUCACUCCACCUCCUGCUCGAGCUCCAGGAGUCGCUAUAAGAUGACAGCUGGUGCUCCUGACUUCCUUUCUGGGACCCAGAUGAAGCAGCGGAGUUGGAGCAGCACGGCGUCUCCAGCACACCCUGGUGCCUGUUAUGAGGAGCGCAGCAGCCUUUACGCAGAACCCAACACGCCCUUUAGUGCAGAGGACGACAAUGCCACACGCAGGAAACACAGCAGCAGGAACUCAGCGCCACCUGAUUUCUGCCUGGACCCUCUGUCCUCUCUCAGUGAGCAUGGCUCCCUGCCACAAGCACGCACAUCUGUCUCAGCAGAUGUCCAUGCUCGCUUCAUGUCUUCUGACUCUGGGGCAGAGAGCAGCCCAGCCAAAAUGGUGCCUCCUACACCAUCCCGCUCGGAGAGGAGAGGAAGCGACCUCAUGAGGAGGGCAGUAGCCUUCUUGAGGCGUUCGGGCCGCAGCAGCAGUGUGCAGAGCUCUGAUUCACCCAGCAGACACGGUGAGACUUGUGCCUCAUACAUGAGCAGUGACAAUGACUCCGAGAUGGAGGACUUGGACAUUAAAAAUGAACUGCACAGACUGAGGGAGAAACAUCUGAAGGAGAUUUCAGAACUACAGGCUCACCAGCGUGGGGAAAUCGAGCUGCUGUAUCUCCGGCUCGGUAAAGCACCGCCUCCUGGCCUCAGCCUCACAGCAACAGUGCCCCCUGCUGGACGCAGACGCAGAGCCAGCAAGCACAAACUCAGGGCGAGCAAACUGCUCAGCCCUCUGGUCCAGCAGAUAAGAAGCGUCACCAAAACAAGCGACAGCAGCAAACCUGGUGAUGCUCCCUUACUUUUACAAGUUCUAACAAAGCUACUUUGAGAUACACUACCCAUGUAUUAUCUCAGGGCUCCCCAAAGAACUUUUAUUCCCCCACGUGAGA